GCAUUUCACACUUGACAGGCAGAGAGGUUGAGGAUGCAGGCUGCUAGUGGUAGUUCGGCGGAAAAGAUCAGGGGCUCGCCGUCCGCCAUGGAGAAGGGCGGCGACCAGAGCGCCAAGAAGCCGAGGAUGGCCAAUGGCCCGGCCCCGGCCUCGGUGAAGCAAGAGAUGGUCGUGCUCGGGCACGAGGCGGGCGAAAUCGUGCUCGCGAUACAGCCUCCGACGAUGGAGGUCCUUAUGGACCUCACCCUCCUGCAGUGCCACUUCUACUCCCGCCCCUUGAAGCCGCCCGUCCACCAGUGCAACAACGGGCACGUGGCCUGCGGCGACUGCCGCGGCGGCGAGCGCCUCGGUAAUGAGCGGCAGUGCCAGAAGUGCGAGCGUGGCGGCGGCUUCUACAUCCAUAACACGGCGAUUGACGUCGUUGUCUCCGCGGCCAGGGUCGAGUGCGCGCACCACGGCUGCGGGCUCUUCGCCACUUUCCAUGAGCUUGAAGACCAACAGGGCGCAUGCCGUCACCGUGGAGAAGCUGACCUUGUUGACGGUGCCGCACGAGAUGCUUGUUGAGGAUGCACCGUCCAGGACGGUUUCGCUCCGCAUUCGCAUUGAUAAGAGAGUGAAUUGCAAGAAACCACCACAUUUGGGGCUUAUCUUGCAGAAAACAACCUGGUCGCUAAUCAUUUGCA